AUGGACUCGAACAAGGACCUUUUGUCCCAAAAAGAUGAGUCGUCCUUGCUUUGUGGUGUAGCGGUCGCGUGUUAUGGAUGCACCCCCAGACUAGAUGAUGAAGAAGGUAUACCGGAUGGUGAAUCAGUUAAACCAGCAAGUCUUGCAAAGAAGCGUCGACAGAUAGACGAAGUUUUGGGGUGGGGUUUGGAUGCCUCAGCAAGAGGUGUCAUUCUCAUGGCCACAGCAGUCUUUGUAUCUUCAGAACUUCUAAGACUGGCGAAAGAAGCUUCAGUCUGUGUAGAUUCAUCAGAAGAAAGAGGAGGAGAGGAGGACUGUAGAGUGCACGGAAUGCGGCCAACAUCUGUUUUGACCAAUAUUGUCACCAUUACGGGACUGUUGUCUGCGCUCAUCAUGCCGCUAGCUGGUUCUAUUAUUGAUCAUACGGAUCACAGAAGAGCUGUCGGUUCAAUAUCAGCAGCUGCGAUUACCGUGUUCAUAUUUAUUCAGAUGUUCGUCAUGGAAGACCACUGGGUGACGGCAGCCAUUCUGCAGAUUCUCGUUUCCGUUGCCUACACUGUGCACCUGACAGUUGUAUACUCUUACUUUCCUGAACUGACAUCAGAUCAUGGUGAAUUGACCAAAUUAGCAGCACAUUUUACAGGGGUCCAAUACGGAAGUUCUGUGGCCUUUCUCGUUAUGAUGGUGUUGAUUCUGGAGGCAGUCAACAAAGACGAGGAAGUCAACUCGGCAUUUCUUGCGCAAGAAGUCGUCGUUAUCGUUUGCUGUAUAUUCUUUGCAACUUCCUGGAUCAGAUUAUUCCACUCGCGAUCUGCUUCCCAAAAAGUACCGGAAAAUGGUUCUCUUGUCACUGCUGGGUUUCGAAAGAUUUACAAGACUGGUAAAAAGAUCCUCAAAGAUCAUGCCGCCAUCAAAUGGGUCCUUAUUUCGGUGGCCUUUACUGAAGCUGCAACUACAACAUUUGCCACCAUUGCCAUCACAUAUAUGACGGAGCAAUUGAGUUUUGAAGCGGAGGAGAAUGGUAUUGCCAUUCUCAUUCUACUGCUCUUUAGUGUUCCUGGAGCACAAAUUGCCACGCGAAUUACCAAGAUUUUCAAUCCAAUCCGCAGUUUGCAAGCGUGCCUCUGCUUAUGGAUGGUCUCGAUCACUGCGGCAGCAGUAUUUCUAAAACACGAAGGGCAGCAGUCCCUUGCCUAUACCUUUGCAGUAUUUUGGGGGCUCGCCUUGGGCUGGACAUUUCCUACAGAAAAGACACUAUAUGUUACUGUCAUUCCACGAGGACAGGAAGCAGAGCUCAUGGGUACCUAUAUUUGUGCGUGUCAAGUCUUGUCAUGGCUCCCACCUUUGGUCUUUUCCAUGCUGAAUGAGGCUGGAUACUCCAUGAGACUUGGGGUGACAUCGCUCGCAGUAUUCAUGCUGAUCAGCUUUUCGAUCUUGUUUUUGGUGGGGGACUAUGAACAAGCUGUAGCUCACGCAAAGGCGGUGGACGAACAACAAAAACAGCUUUCAAGCGGAAUGAAGACCUCGAGAACGGAAGAUGACCAUUACAGAGAGAUGGACUAA